AUGGCUGCCCCAGCUGCACCAUUGUGUUUUUGGUCACCGUGUAAGAAUGGAGGAACAUGUGUAGACGACAACAGCGGUAUGGUUCCCUCGUACACGUGUGCAUGUACUGCAACUGGAUAUGAAGGCGCAACAUGCGAGACAGAUGUUGAUGAGUGUACAUUAGGAACGCACGACUGUGUAGAGUCAGGAAGCUUGUGUAAUAACACAAUUGGAUCAUUCGGGUGUUAUUGCGAUACUGGUUACACACAAGGAGUUGAUGGACAUGACUGCACAGAUAUCGAUGAAUGUACGGCCAACACGGAUAACUGUGACAGUACCCUAGCCACCUGCACUAAUACUGUGGGUUCCUUCAUGUGUACUUGUGUGACUGGGUACGACGGGGAUGGAACCACUGGAAACUGCGCAGAUAUUGAUGAAUGCACUGACUCUACUGAUGAUUGUGAGACAACAGCUACCUGCAGUAAUACAGUUGGCUCGUUUACUUGUACGUGUGCGGCUGGCUACACAGGAGAUGGCCGAACAAGUGGGUCAUCAUGCACAGACAUCGACGAAUGCACAGCCACUACGGAUGAUUGUGACACCUCUCUAGCUUCAUGUACCAACACUGUAGGGUCCUAUACAUGUAUCUGUACUACUGGUUACGAAGGAGACGGCACUAAUGGUGGAACUGGAUGUUCAGAUAUUGAUGAAUGUAGCGCCUCUACUGAUAACUGUGAUGCAUCCAUUUCAACUUGCUCCAAUACUGUCGGCUCAUUUGAUUGUAAUUGCCUCUCAGGAUUCACAGAUAAUGCUGGAACUUGUGAAGAUAUUGAUGAAUGCACAGUGGGGAGUGAUAAUUGUUUGGAUACAUCUAGCCAAGGCGAAUGUAUCAAUGUACCAGGGAGCUUUUCAUGUCAGUGCGUAGCUGGAUAUGGUGGAGAUGGUGUGUCCUCAUGCACCGAUUUGGAUGAGUGUUCCUUAGGCACAGAUACUUGUCAUCCUUCAAGAGCGUCAUGUUCUAAUACUGUAGGUAGCUUCACUUGUACUUGUGAUGCCGGGUUUUCAGGAGAUGGCUCAACCUGCGCAGAUGUCAAUGAGUGUACUGACAGUACACAUAACUGUAUGGAUACUCUUGGUAGCUGUACAAAUAGCAUUGGAUCCUUCAGCUGUGCAUGCAUUAAUGGGUACAGUGGUGAUGGGAUCAACUCAUGUACAGAUAUCGAUGAAUGUUCAACUGGUUCUGAUAAUUGUCAUGGUAUACUAGCAACAUGUGCCAAUACUGUAGGUAGCUUCACAUGUACUUGCAAUACAGGUUAUGAAGGCAGUGGAGUCACAUGUACAGAUACCAAUGAAUGCCUAGCGUCGACACAUGAUUGUCUGCCCUCUACUGCAUUCUGCAUUAACAACGUUGGCUCAUGGGACUGUUACUGUAACAAUGGAUUUAUCGGUGAUGGAGUUACAGAGUGUCUCGAUAUUGAUGAGUGUGCAAACAACACGGACAGCUGUCAUGUAGAUUUUGGCAUAUGUACAAACACGGCCGGUUCCUACUCAUGUUCAUGUCAGGUUGGGUAUGCAGGCAAUGGGUUCUUCUGUGGGGAAGUUGAUGAGUGUAUUGGUCAGACGUGUUCCGGUCUAGGAACAUGUGAAGACAGAAUUGGCUAUUACUAUUGCAACUGUGUGUGGGGAUUCUGGGGAACAGACUGUGAACUUGAAUCCAAGUAUGCUGACACCAUUCCAAUGUUCACUGGUUCCCUGUGGUGGACGUUCAAUGAGCUGAACACCACCGGUGACGAUAAGUACGCCAACCAGGAUGUGAACUCCACUGCGUUCAACGCUUACCCAGGCCUAGCUAUUCAGAAUGACUACGGUGUUUCCAACUACUCGAUCCAGACCAGGUUGAACGGCAGCGACGACUGCUUAAACUUUGGUGAUUUUAGUGGACAUUGUGUGAGUGAACCGUCGCUAUGUAGCGAUGGAUUAACGGUGUCUCUAUGGAUUAGACUGACGGAGGAUGAAGUCAAAGAACCGGGACCUGUUUAUAUCCUCAGCUCUGGUCCACCUGACUCUAUAGGCAUCAGUAUCUACAGAGAUACAAGGAAACUUGGCUUCAUAGUCAACGACGGCACGACAGAAUGGUCUGAAGAAGUAACUGAUGCCGUACCUGCAAACUUAUGGAAGAAUAUUGCACUUGCUUGGAGUGCAACUACUGGGAUGUCGGUUUUUAUAGAUAGUGUGAGGCAAGUAGACAGUACAACAGGCAGUGAGAAUCCUCUGGCAGCCGUAGUGGACUAUUUAACUCUUGGCUGUAGACACAAUGGAGCUGAAAAUACCGGUCAUUCAUCGGGAUUAUUCGAUGAACUUUCCAUCUGGACUGAGAGAUUCAAUGAUAGUUAUCAACUACCAUGGCUGAUGGGAGGCUGGGAUAAAGAUGACUGUGUGAUAGAGCCUUGUGUUCAUGGACAAUGCUUUGAUACCGGUGUAGAGUUAUACCGAUGUGAUUGUGAUCCAGGUUACAAUGGGACCAAUUGUGACGUUGAAAUGGAUGAGUGUGAAUCCAACCCAUGUCAGCAAGGAGGUACAUGUACUGAUUAUGUUGACUACUACAUCUGUGACUGUGUCUUUGGAUUCACUGGUCACAGUUGUCAUCUCGACCUGUCUCCUAAUUAUGAUUAUUCCAACGUUGUGGACCUCUCGCCAGGACUUCUGGUUAACAAUGACGCAAUUCAAAUACAUCCUUACCACCUUUUGGCCACCAACUACUGGCCCAUGAAUGACCCAACUGACAUCAUGAUUGCCGGGGGGAACAAUACCAUAAUCUACGGUAGGGCUCAGGUCGGGAUAUACCCCAACCUAGCAUCAGAUAGCUCUUGGGUCAACCUGGGGAAUUAUAGCCAACAGUGCCUGAGUGAGCCGCAGUUCUGUACAGAAGGGCUGUCUGUCUCUCUCUGGUUGAAGCUGAAUUCUAGAAAUAUGGAUGGGAUGGAUGGAGUUAUUCUGACGACGGCUUCGGAUGCGGUGCAAGAUGGACGGGUCGGGGUGUCCAUCAUCCUCAAGUCAAGUAAUGAACUCUUGUUUAGAGUGGUGGAUGGAAUCAACAGAGCCUGGCUCCUUCUCACGCAUUCCAAAGAUGUAAUUUAUAACCACUGGUGUAACCUGGCAAUAACAUGGCAUCCAGACGUCGGCAUUACCGCUUACCUUAAUGGAGUCAAGAUGACUGGUGUCAAGAAGAGCAGGGAACCAGUGGGAGAUAGCAAUAUGAAUGAUAUACUGACGAUCGGAUCACAGUUUAAUCUUAGUCUCAGUGCUUAUCCAAUGUGUGUGACUGACGUGGUGUUCUGGAAUCGAUACCUGCGCCCAGAGGAGUCGAAUCGUUUCAUGGGAUUCACUCGAAGGGAAGAAGAGCUGUCAAUCUUUGCUGAUCAUUUCUGGAGUGUUGACGGCUACGCUAGACGUGACAAAGACCCUCUGUCUGACUACAUGGAACCUUAUAGGAGUACAUUUUCUGGUAUAGUCAAGGCUGGAGAGGGCGAUGUUGUACUUGGAUCCAGUAGAGACGCUAAAGGCAACUCUCUUAUUGUGUAUGGAGAUGGGAAUGAAUGGAUCAUGUUGGGUGACUUUCCCGAUCACUGCAUCAGUGACACUUCUCGCUGUAAGAAUGGACUCUCUGUCUCACUGUGGGUCCGCCUCAUCCAGGUGUCAGAUAACGACACUCACUACCUCAUUAGCUCUGGGGAGCAGGUCAGUCGUGGUUUCUCUAUCUUUCAGAGAGAUGUUGAUAAGCUUGGAGCAGCAGUGACUGACGGAAGGCUUAGAUGGAUUGUUGAAGUGGACUUUACACCAUACAUGAAAUAUGAAGAAACUGUUUAUAAUGUCAUCAGCAACACCAACUACACUGAAUACUAUGGCCCCUGGAUGAACCUGGGUAUUAAGUGGACCAAGAAAGAUGGUCUGGGACUAUUUAAAGAUGGCCGCUUGGUUGCCAUGGAUCCCACUGGUUACCGCAAGUACAGGAAUACGGAUGAGCAGGCCAAGCUGGUUGUUGGAAGGAGGAACGAUUUCUUAGAAAAUGGAGCUAAUUUCACAUUUGAAGAAGUCGCAAUAGUAGAGAGAUCAACAGAGACGUUCGAGUAUAGAGAAAAACUUGCUACAAUCGACAAUGUUCAGUACUCUGAUGCAGUGUAUUACUGGAACCCCAAGGAUCUGUUCCUCAGCACCUUUAAGAUCUUAUGGGAACAUACUUACAAUGACACAGUUGAACCCAUUGGAGCUACACUAGAUGUGACCAUGCCUGAUGACAACACAGUAGAUCUUACUGGGGAUUCUGCCUACAUUAAUCUAGGUGACUUUCGAGAUGACUUUGUGAGCGACCCAUCAUUGACCCAGAGAGGAUUGAGUGUUGCAUUCUGGGUGCAAUUAUCAUUCAGGAACAUUUCCGUCAACUCAAGUCACUACGUUAUAAGUUCUGGGUCCCAGUUUUCAUCCACUGGUUUUGCAGUUUACUUAAUUGAAUCUUCCCUCAAGUUUAUGAUCGGUACCAAUGAGACAACAUUGACAAUGGAAUACUCACAAAACGUCAUACCAGAGGACACCUGGAUUAACGUCGCCUUUACCUGGCAUCAACUGGAACCCUUCCUCGGCUACAUCAACGGACACCAAAUAACUCCAACCUCCUCCUCAAUGGAAACACCGGUCGAUCUCAACCAGAAUCAAACUAGUACUUUAUUAACCCUGGGAAGGAGGAAUGAUUUGGAGUCUGACUUUGCUGAUUUCAAGAUUCAUUCCCUGGUUAUCUGGGAUAAGUACAUUUACCCAAAGAAUGUCCACAAGCUUCUAGGCGUUACAGAUAUUGAGUUAUACUACCUACAUCAAGCUGACUACUACUGGUCCAUGGAUCCACCUCUAACUAACAUUGCAACCUUCUCCAAGACCUCAUCCUCUGGGGUAACCUACCGAGAUGACCGUCACCACUUUGCCCGAAGCCUCUACACUGAUGGGUCGAGUGGAUGGGUCAAGCUUGGCAAUCUAGAGAGUACCUGCCUUGCUAACCCAGCUACAUGUACCAAUGGAUUCGCUCUGGCCAUGUGGAUGAAGUUUAGUGAUAUUCCAGCUCUGGAAGGACGUUGUCUGUUUACGAGUGGCGCUGAUUUGCAAAAUGAGAAGGGAAUAGUGUUCAGCCAGACUCCAGACGAGCUUCAAUUCCAAGUCAGCGACGGCACUUAUACAUGGCUACUCACAUUCUCUGAAGAUCUGUACACAUUCAAUGAGUGGCAAUACGUAGCUAUGGUCUGGUCUCCUAGUGCUGGGUUAGCUGUCUACCUCAACGGUCAAGUUAUAGCGACACAGACACUAAGCACCAAGAGCAAGAGAACGUCUAAUACCUACACUGAUCUUAUACUUGGCAAAUGUGCAGAUAAUACCAACUAUGCCCGAGCGUAUUAUGAUGACGUCAUUCUGAUGCUGCCCUCUACAGGCCAAUCAUUGCCAACUGCUGAGCAGCUUCAUGGUGAUCCAAUUUGCCAUGGUUUCCUAUCAUCCGAUCGAUACUACAACCUAACGUCAACCACAAAUGGAGUAGUCUUAUCAAGUACCGAACCUUCCGUCCGUGGGGAUGGAGAUGGUAGUACCCGAGCUGUCUCUACCCACCCUGGUAAUGGAUAUGUAGAUGUUGGUGAUUUCAACAAUGUGUGUCUGAGUAGUCCCUCAUUGUGUCAAUCAGGAGUCACCUUCUCAGUCAUGGUUAAACUAAUUGAUCUAGAGAAUCUACAAGACCCUGUGACUAACCCAGAAGGAGUUGCAUACAUCCUCAGCUCCGGAGCGCAGGGGGGCAUCUCCACAGGUUUUGCUAUCUAUGCUGAUAACACCUCCAUAACCUUUGAGGCUUACGAUGGAAUAGAACAAUGGAUGACUACUCAUCCAUAUAGCUUCGGAGAGAACUGGACUAGUGUGGCUAUGUCAUGGGAUGCUGAGUAUGGGAUCACUGCAUUUAUUGAUGGUAUAGCAAUGAUUGAAGCUGCACCUUCUACCAUGAUGCCAGUCACUACUCCGUUCAACUCAAGUACCAACGCUACCAGUAACGCAACAACGACCGCCUCACCCAACGCUGGAUUACAGACCCCCAAGACAGAUACCUUUACGCAUCUACACCUUGGCAAGAGGAAUGAUGAGAGUAAGGGGUAUUUAAGAGCAGAGUUUGCAGACUUUGCUGUAUGGUAUUAUCGGAUGGAUAGUGAGGAUCCAGAUGUUGGCAAACGGUUUAGUGGACAAGAGUGCCCAGAUAUAGUUGUUACAACAAAUCAUGCGGAACUAGACAAGUACUCAGUGUGGACUGGAACCAUUGAGUGUGACUUCCUACACAAGGCUGACUGUACAGGAAACUUGGAUGAACUUUUUGAAGUGUUUUACUCCGAGGACGGUGUUGAUGACUACUUGUAUGGCAUCAUCAUCCAGCGUCUUGAGAAUUACACGUCUUCUGAGAUGUAUUUAACCAAAGAUGAGAUGGAGAUGAUUGUUAUCAUGAUUGAUAAAGUCAUUAAUCGAGAGUUACCGUCUGAGAUGAAUGUCACUGAUGCUGAGACAGAUCUUCAGAAUGUCUUGUCUGUGACGAGUAAUUUAUUUGCCUCCGAUAGAAAGAGACGUUGGGUCAGCAUCCAACAGUCUCAAGGAGGAGCUUCGUCACUGAUCAAAGGUAUCGAGGAGUAUGGUUUGAAGAUUGCUCAUCGACUUAUCACUCCAGAUGGUCAACCAAAUAAUAAUGUGACUGUCACGAUAACAUCGGAUAACAUAGCUCUUCAUAUUGAGCGAUUUGAUCUUGAGGAUUUGGAUCAAGAAACCGGACCAGUCUUCCCUCGAUAUUCAGACCCAGCUUUCUCUACAAUCAACCAAUCAUGGAGUCAACCUACAGACACCAUCCAACUCCCUAGGAACUACUUUGAUUUUACAACAGAAAAGACUGGAGGGGCUGUCCUAGUUGGUGUUAUCUACAACACCGUCACUGACUUCAUGCCAAUAGAAUCUACUCAAAGUGAGUUACGCAGUAGUUCAGAUCUUCGUGAGAUGAAACUGACAAGCCGAGUGAUCUCCUUGACUGUUGAACCGAAACUCAGGAAGAAUCUUUAUAACCCUAUCGAGAUAACCAUGAGUAAUAUUAAGGAAAGAGAAGAUGACAUGGAUGCAGUUUGUGCUUUCUGGGACUUUGACAUGCCGAAUACAAUCAAUGGAGGGUGGGAUACAGAAGGAUGUGAAGUACACUCUAGUAACGAAACGCAUACUGUUUGCUAUUGCUAUCAUUUGACAAACUUUGGAACCCUUAUGAAACCAAUUCAAGUUGAGGUACCAAGUGAACAUGAUGCCAUUCUACAGUACGUGUCAUGGGCUGGUAACGGACUCUCAAUGCUGGCUCUUAUAUCCCUACUGCUUGUCUAUAUCUGUGUCAGCAAGUUACGUACGAUCGUCAACGUGAUUCACAUCAAUCUUAUAGUAGCGAUGAUGCUAGCAAAGGCUGCUUAUCUUAUCAUUCCAGUCGUUAAGCAGGAUGAGACUGCAUGUACCUCCAUUGCAAUCAUUCUACAUUAUUUCUACACUGCAUCAUUCGCUUGGAUGCUUGUUGAGGGAAUUCAUCUCUUAGUUGAAGUUAAGAAUCCUGUCGGCAAUUACUUCAGACAGAAGUCUCGAUAUUACCUCAUUAUCGGUUGGGGUUUGCCUGUCAUGAUUGUUGGUGUGACACUCUCCAUUGCAUUUGAAAGUUACGGCACUGCAGACACAUGCUGGGUAUCUAUUGACAAUGGAGCUGUGUGGAUGUUUGUGGGACCCUGUAUUUUCAUUAUCCUGGUGAAUUUAUGGAUCCUUUACAUUGUAUGGAAAAACACCCAACAGUUGUCCGACAUGUACGAAAAGACAAAAUUCCACAGUUCCAGUCUCCGUGCUUCAGCGAUCCUACUGCCAUUCCUAGGGAUCUCCUGGGUCUUUGCUAUUCUACAAGUCAACUAUGACAUCGUGGAGUUAGCUUACUGCUUCACUGUGCUGAACUCACUCCAGGGUGUGUUUAUUUUCCUGUUUCAUGGCCUUGGUAGCAGAGAGGUUCGGGCUGCUGUAUUAAAGCAAGACCUUGAAGUGGAAUUCUCAAAAGUUGAACGAGUUUCAAUUACACCAAAUGGUAUGCCAAUGAGAAGAAUGCGAAUGCAAGCACCGAGACCUCCACCAGCCUAUGUCCCUUAAUCUGUGCGACAAAAGAAGAAAAAGAGUUUGAAGAUUUGUUACAACUUUGCAACCUGCCACCAGGCAUCAGAUCUUCUUCGUCAUAGAUAUUAUCUGUUCCCAAAACACACCUGGCACGCUAUGAGGAUUGGGCUUUUUGAGCUGUGCAUUGCGACCCUGUAACUUCUUGCAGCGAGUUAAAGACACUGGACACUGUUGGUAAUUGUCAAAGACUAGUCUUCACAGUUGGUGUAACUCAAGUUGAA